AUGGAUAAAAAGAAACUCUCAGCUUUAGUGUUGCUUGAUCUCUCAAAAGCAUUUGACAGUAUAAACCAUCAGAGACUACUUCAUAAACUAUCAAAUGUCGGAGCAUCCAAAUCAACAGUAAACUGGUUCAGAAGCUACUUAACAGACCGUUUCCAAUCAACCCGUAUUAACUCUACGUUAUCAGAUCCAUUACCGAUAACUUAUGGUGUACCUCAAGGGGCCAUUUUAUCGCCAUUGCUCUUUUGUAUAUACCUUAACGACCUACCCUGUGCAUCUUACAAUGGUGAUCUUGAAUCAUACGUUGAUGAUACGAAAACUUUGUUAUCGUUUCCUUUAACGGAAGCUGACACUGGAAUUAAAAAUCUGGAAGAAGACCUACAUAAAAUUGCGUCUUGGUGCUGUGAAAACAAUCUUUUGGUGAAUCCAGAUAAAACAAAAUUCAUGAUCAUUGGAACCAGGCAGCUGAUGAACGAACUUGAUGUCAAUAUUUCGAUCUCUUUUAUGGGGAAGAUUCUAGAACCUGUUGAUUUUGCCAAAGAUCUAGGACUUCUAAUGGACAGUCACCUAAGUUACGAUAAGCACAUAUCGAAUCUAGUGUCGUCCUUCCUUUAUAAACUGUGCCAGAUAAACAGAGUUAAAAAUAAUUUUGACAAGGGAACACUUACAAUGAUAAUCACUUCAUUAGUGAUCAGUAAACUGCUCUCCUGUUCCACUGUAUGGUCAAAUACAACAUGCACUAAUAUAAAGAAACUUCAAUCUAUUCAAAACUUUGCAUGUAAAAUAAUCACAGGAUCCAAGAAAUACGAUCAUGUAAGCCCAUUACUCCAAAAUCUUGAGUGGCUCACAGUUGACAAAUUACUCUAUUUCCGUGAUGCCGUAAUGACUUUUAAAUGCAUGAACAACUUAGCGCCGAAAUAUCUUUGUGACAUGUUUGAGAAACGAUCUUGUAUUCAUAAUCGGUCUACGCGGAACUGCAACUCAAUACAGAUACCAUUGUUUAAAACAGCGUCAGGGCAACGGUCAUUUGCUUUUAGAGGAGCUUCAAUUUGGAAUAACUUAGACACUGAGCUAAAGAAAUGUACAUCACUUAAGACAUUUAAAAGUCAACUUAAAGAACACUUAUUGUCUACUUAG